UUGGAUGUCUUUUAUAUAUAUACAUAGGUGAGAAUGGACGUUAGAAGUGCUUUAAGCUCAUACAAAUUAAACAACGUCUUUCUUUCAUAACAAGAGAUGGCUGCUGCUGUCUUUGUGUGCUUCUUCGUUUUCACGUUAAUAAUAAUAUGUUUAGCCACCCCGGCGGUGUCGUGGAAGAAAGCCGGUGCUGAUGACACCGCCGCUGCUGCCACCAUUUUUCCAGCUAUCUUCACGUUUGGUGACUCCGCUUUGGACAUGGGAAACAACAACAAUCGUUUCACCAUGUUCAAGGCAAACUACCUUCCUUAUGGUCAAGAUUUCACCAACCAUAAACCCACUGGCAGAUUCUGUAAUGGAAAACUUGUCUCUGAUAUAACUGCGGAAACCCUUGGUUUCCAGACCUACCCACCGCCGUAUCUCAGCCCAGAGGCGUCCGGGCGGAAUCUUCUAAUCGGAGCCGGGUUUGCUUCCGCCGCCGCCGGUUACGAUGAGCAAGCUUCCAUUUCAAAUCGUGCGAUUACAUUGAGUCAGCAACUGGGUAAUUACAAAGAGUAUCAAAGCAAAGUGGCGAUGGUGGUCGGCGAUGAGGAAGCGGGCGCCAUUGUUGCCAAUGGACUGCAUAUACUUAGCUGUGGCACAGGCGACUAUCUUCGGAACUAUUACAUAAAUCCGGGGGUUCGUAGACGGUUCACGCCGUAUGAGUACUCCUCUUUCCUUGUUGCUUCCUUCUCCAAAUUCAUCAAGGACUUGCAUGGGCUAGGAGCAAGGAAAAUUGGGGUCACUUCCUUGCCUCCAUUAGGCUGUUUUCCUGCUGCACUCACUCAGUUUGGCUACCAACAAGAAAAGGGCUGUGUUAGAACAAUCAACAAUGAGGUCCUAGUCUUCAACAGGAAGCUAAACUCUACUGCUGCAACUCUUCAAAAGCAGCUAUCCGGUCUCAAACUCGUUGUCUUCGACGUUUUCAAACCUUUAUACGAUGCUAUCAUGUCUCCAUCCACUCAUGGGUUCGAUGAAGUGAGAAAAGGGUGUUGUAGCACUGGGGCUGUGGAGACGGUAUCAGUCUUGUGCAAUCCAAAGUUCCAUGAAACAUGUUCUAAUGCAACCAAAUAUAUGUUCUGGGACAGUAUUCAUCUAUCAGAGGCUGCCAAUCAGAUGCUUGCUGAUACCAUGAUUGUUCAGGGCUAUGCUCUCGUUUGAUCAUCACAAUAUGAGUUGUUUUAGUUUUACUCUUUUUCCAUAUAUUUCUUGAUUCUCUAGCAAAUGCUUGUUUUAGUUACUGUUGUUUAGAAAUUUGUAAGACCUUCAAUUACUCGAAAUUAUGUAAGGAGGGUGUAAAGAAGGGCACCUGUUCUGUUCUCUUGAAUUAUUGCAUUAUCAUGUUCUUUCUAUUUCGUUAUCUUUUCAUUGCUAUAUCAUUGUAUUAGUUGAUAUUUUACUGUUUGGACUCUUUUGGAACUUGAUGUUGCAAAAAAACAUUUUUUCU